CCGGUUUUCCCUGAGUGGUGCUGCAGUGCGGUGCGGCGGCAAAACCCCCACGGAGGGAGCGUCGCUGCCCGCCUGCCCCAUGGCAGCCAGGACUGGCACCCGGGGCACGGCCAGGGGCUGGUGGCAGAGGCAGCGAGCCAUGGGCAUGCACGGACGCCUCACCUUCCUCCUCCUCCUCCUCCUUGGUCUCUGUGCCCCAGGGACUUUCGUCAGAGCAACAGCCCUACAUGAUCUGCCUCUUGUGGUGGCCCUGAGCGAGGAGGCAGCACCAGGCACCCGCGUGGCUGAGGUGACCGUGUCCUGCAGCAACGCGAGCGGCAGCCCCAACGUCACCCUGCAUGGCGUGGAGCCCGGCCACCCCUUCAACCCCAUCGCCAUCAGCGCCGACCCCACAGCCACCACCAGGUUUCGGGCAGAGGUGACACUGCGUGCCGGUGCGGAGCUUGAUGCCCACCGGGUGAACCAGUACACCCUGACCCUGCGAGCCGCCUGUCCCGGUGAGGAGGAGGUAGAAGAGAGACUCUUUGUCCGGGUGACAGCGGGGCAGGUGCUGCGCUGUGAUGCCCCCUUUGCCAGCACAGGGGGAGAUGUGGUGCGGGUGUCAGCGGACGUGGCACCCCGGACACCCCUGUACGUGGUGCUACCACAGCCGCUCGGGGGGCUGACGCAGUUCAGGCUCCGAAACCCAGACACGCCACUCACGCUCACCCACCGGGGCCUGGUGCUGGCUCCUGCAGGUGGCUUCGACCCCAGCAAGGACACCCAGACAUUCAGGCUGGAGAUCGAGGUGACAGACCGCCAUGGGCACAACUGCAGCGGGGCUGUGACGGUGGAGGUGCUGCCAUCGCGCCGUCCCACUGUCACCUUCCUCGAGCUGCAGCGGGAGGUGACAGUGCCGGAGGGCACCAGACCCUUGGAGGUGGUCACACAGGUCCGCGCCAGCGGUGACAAUGUCCGCUAUGCCAUCCUUGCUCCUGUGGCACCCGUCCUCUUCACCAUCAAUGAGAUGACGGGUGAGAUCCGCAGCACCGGCCGGCUGAAGGUGGCCCACACACGCCUCUUUGUCCGGGCUUACAACGCCCUGCGCCCCGCCGACAGUGACACCGCCACCCUCAACAUCACCGUGCAGGGGACGGACCGCUGGGCCCUGAGCUGCGCCCCCGCCAUCUCCGUGUCCCAGGUGCCCGAGACGGUGUCCCCUGGUGAGACCUUGGUGACACUGAGGUGCACUGACCCCACCGGCACGGAGGACUGCCUGCGCUACGCCCUCGAGGGGUCCCCCACCUCCCUCUCCCACUUCCACAUGGAGGGGCCACGGCUGCAGGUCAACACCACCCUGGACUAUGACUCGGAGGCCAUGGCUGCUGUAGGCUUCCAGUUCACGGCCACCAUCGUGGUGACAGCGGGUGGCCAGCCCCCGCGGAGUACCCGUGUGCCCGUGCUUGUGAUGGUGACACCCGUCAAUGAAUUCACACCGACAUGCCCCAGCAGUGCCGACUUCACCGUGCUGGAGACGGCGGCUUUUGGCAGUGCCGUGGGGCGUGUGGUCGGCACCGACCGUGACUACCCACCGAACAGCCUCGAGUACAGCCUGGAGGGGGGCACUGGCCCCACACAGCCCUUCUCCAUCGACACACGCACUGGCGAGAUCUGGGUGGUGGGACCCCUCGACUACCAGCGGCACAAGAGCUACAGGCUGACGGUGCGGCUGACGGACACCCGCAACGACCUGGACCCGACAAACCGGCGGAGCCGCCUGUGCAACGUGCUCGUCCGCCUGCAGGCCGUACUGAACCAGGCACCAGUGUGCACCCCUGAGGUGCAGGAGCUUCAGAUCACAGCCGGAUUGGGUGGCCGCCAGCCCGUCACCCGCCUGGCGUGCCAGGACAGCCCCGGUGGCGCCGCGCUGACAUACGCCAUCGCUGGAGGCAACGAAGAUGGGCGCUUUCGGCUGGAGGGGAACACCCUCUUCUACCUCCCCGAUGACCUAGCUGAGCCCCGCACCUUCAUGCUGCUGGUGGAGGUGUGGGGCAGCCCCAGUGUCCCCCGCCGCAGCACCGUGGUGCCACUGGUGGUGCACAUCACCCCCCGGACCACCCCGGUGCCACCCAGCAGCACUACCACCCGGCACACGACGCUGCAGAAGGAGCCGCUGGUCAUCACACGCACGGAGGAGAUGUGGCACCCACCAGCCUGGUUUGUGGCCGUGCUGACCGUCACCAGCGCCCUGCUGCUGGCCACCCUGGGCUGCACGGCCCGGAGCCUGCUGUGCCGCCACCGAGCCCCUGGCAAGCUGCUCGUGGACCAGAGCUCCUGGGAUGUGGUGGAGCAGAAGGGUGGCAAAGAGGAGCGGGGCCACCCCGACACCAGCAGCCCGGGGCAGUUCGAUGGCCGUGCCCAGGACCCACGCACCGGCAGGGAUUAUCUCUUCAACAGCGUGACUGGGGCACGGCGCUGGAUCUGAGCGGCUUGACCCGGAGAAGGGCUCCCCGAGACCCAGAGCUGCCCAUGGGCUGUGCCAGGCAGAGCGCUGGGCACCAGCAGACACCCGGCGCAGCCCUCAGUCCUGGGAGGAGGAGGAGAGCCCUCCUCCAUGGCUGAACUUGCUGCCAGCAU